GGUGAAAUUAAUAGGUGUAAGGAUGGUGGAAGAGGUGUACAGAAAAAUUUGACUUAAAAACAAAGAAUGAAAAUAAAAAAAUAAUGCAGAUUGAAGUGAAAGAAAAUUGCGAAAAGUGAUACAAUCACAGGGCCCUUCACUCUCCAAGGGAGUUAAAAUUGCAUGUUGCACUCCGAAAAUAAACUAAAAAAUAUUAAAGUGUGAUGUGAGAGUGGAAAAAAGACCUGGAGGCAACAGCAAAUACAACUAAAAAAUGAAAAUAUAACAACAAAUAGGAGAUGUAAAACAAAAUUCAAGUAAAAAGUGCAAAACAAGUGGAAGUGAAAAGAAUAUAACCAACAACAAAAGCAAAAGCAACUGCGACAGCAACAGCAACAAUGCUAUCAACGACAACAAUCGUAUAAAUGUUGCUGGUAUUAAGUCAUUAAAAUAUUAUCGCACAACUAUUAUCCUUGUUUGGAAGGGCAAAGGCCGCAGAGACAAGGCAAGCAAGCAGCAAAAGCGUGCAAAGCAAAGCAAAACGAACCAUAACUAUAGUGAAGCUAUCAGAAAGAGCUUGUGUGAGUGGGUGGAGUGUCUGUGCAUGUGUGUGUGUGUGCGUGCACGCAAAAGUGUUGGCUGUUGCAAGCUGGCUUUGCUGCUGAAUAAACGUAUCGAAUAACAACAAACAAACAAGUGAAGGGCCAAAGGCAAAAAAAACGAAGAAAUAGGAAAAUAAAGUAAUAAUAACAACAGUAAAUUAUAACAGUGAUAAUAAAAAGAGGCAGCAGCAACAAUAACAACAACUAGCUAGCCAGCAAGCCCGGGUAGUCAUACGCUCGAGCUGCUGUGAGCUACAAGAAGGACACGACAAACAAAAACAAAAGCAACAAAAAAACGCACAUACCUCUGAGAGCAUGCUAGCGCCAAUAACAACAAACACAACAACAACAAACGCCACAUCUACUGCCACAAACAUAGACUCAGAUAAGGUUAAAAUAGUAGUAGCAAGGAUGCCGGCAAAGGUCCUAUCAACCAGCUCAGCUGCUAGCAAUGCUGGUAAACAGUCGUCGAAAUUCGCCGAAGUGGUGGGGAAGUCCCUCAUAAAUGUAAGAAAAUUAAAAGUGCCCAGUCGAAAUAGCAGCUGUAGUAGCAACAUCAGCGGUGGCACACAGUGGAAGCUAACGACAAUGCCAACAGCUACAAUGGCAACAGCAACAGCAACAGCACCAACAACCACAACAGCAACAAUAGCUGCACAUUCAAUAACAGCAACAAUGCUGAGGAGUAAGACCAAAUCACCGCGUCGACGUUGCGCUGCGCUUGUGAUAAACAGCAACAGCAGCAGCAACAGCAAUCGAAACAACAACUGCCAGAGACGCCAACACUUCAACGCUGCUUCUACUACUACUACAACGCUUGCAGCAUCAUUAUCAUCUGUACGUACGCGUGCAAUAACACUCUUGCCAUCAUCCUCAUGGAUAUUUUGCCUUUGGCUAUGGAUUGCAAUUUCGUCGUUGGUAUUUGUGCAUUGUGUGCCAUCACCCUCUUCCUCGUUGUCCGCUUCAUCAUCGGGCAGCUCGUCGGCAAACUCAGCGUCAUCCAACGCAAUGCAAUCACCACAAAAGCGAGGCAGCGGUGCAGCGGACCUAACCAAGGAUCAGUGCAACAAAACAGUGGACAUCUUCGAGGAUGUCAGUUCGCCGGAGGUGAAUAACCUAAAUGUGGGCCGGCCGUUGACCUGCUGGUACCGGUUCCGUACGCUGAAGGGUGCACCGCGCGACUUUGUGUUGCGGUUGCGUUUUAAAAAAUUUAAAGUUGGCACGCUGUUGAAUGCAACACACUGCGAGGGCGGCCAUUUGCAGAUUGUCGAUGGCAAUGCGAAAACGGAUGUUUCGAAUCGCCGUGAGCCUGGCAUGUUUUGCGGUGAGGCGGAGCAGCCACAAACUUUCAUCAGUGAGACCAACUAUGUUAAAGUGCUCUUCCACACAGAUAACUUUACUGAUCAGACAUAUUUCACAUUUGAUUCGCGUGCUGAACAGCAAACGGAGGUUUAUUUACGUUAUGGCCAACAUCCGGAAUUGUAUCCCAAUCGACGCGGUGAAGUAGUGCAAGGCUCUUACUGUGAACGCGAGUAUCGCGAUUGCAGAUUACAAACGUGUUACGUGCAAUCGCCCGCAUAUCCUGGCCUAUAUCCGCGUGCAUUAAAUUGUCGUUAUAAAUUGCAUACGCGACAGCCGUACAUAAAAUUGUACUUGCAGAAUGAACAAUUUGCGGUGGAUGGACAGAGCUACUUUUAA